AUGGAGAGCAGCGACGAUGGAUCGACCCUUAGCACAAACCACAUCAACACCCUCAUCACCAUUGAGCGAACAGGGGCAGGUCUAUCUAUGGCCGCCAUCCUCCUCACCGUCGCUCCGUUCCUGGCAUUCAAGAAACUCCGCACCACUCCAAACACGUUUCUCGUGUUUGCGUCCAUGGCAAACGCUGGCGCGAGCGUGGCCUCCAUGAUAGGGUACGACGGGCUUCGGAUGGGCGAAGAGUCGACGCUUUGUCAGGCCCAAGGGUUCAUAUUCGAGUGGUUCAUGCAAGCCGACCCCUGGUGGUCGUUUGCAAUGGCAUUCAAUGUCUUCUUGGUAUUCUUUAAUAACGCCAACCCGAGCAAGUUUCAGGAAUACAAGUGGAUAUAUUGCGUGGUUUGUUUCGGGGGGCCACUGCUGCCUGCUAUCGUGCUUGUUUCUAUUCGUGAUGAAGAGCGAGGCCCAGUCUUUGGCGACGCAGCCCUGUGGUGCUGGAUCCGGCCCAAAUGGAGCAUUGUUCGUCUUUAUGCGUACUACAUUCCCAUUUGGAUCUGUAUCCUCCUCUCUAUUUUGAUCUACAUCGCUGUGGGAUACCAUGUUUUUCGUAGCAGGAACCAGCUGCGGAAUGUGACGUUCCAAAACCCAACUAGGAAUUGGCGCAAUGGAUCUCUGACGGAUAGCGAAAACAAGAUUUCUGGAGAAGAGAACCCUACGAGACAAAAUGUCUGUUAUGGACUCGCAAUCACAGAAGUCCAAGUCACGACCAACUUCCCCGGGUUUAUCGACGAUGAUAUCCCCGUUCUCCCUACAGCUGUGCACAGAAUACCCUCUCGAAUGUGCGGCCGAUCAUGGCUAGAUUCCCACAAUGACUCGGAUAGCGAGAGGGUUAUACCUACACAGCUGUUUGAGACGACUUGUUCUUCUGGGGGGCGAUACACUAAUAGUAAUAAUGCGCUAGUCGGGAAAUUUGGGGCGUUGAAAUCCACGGCCUCGAUGAAGCUCAAGCGUUUGGAUCCCGUCAAGAUGGCUUAUCUGCGGACGAGUGGCAUUUUUGGCAUCUCGGUGCUGAUUACAUGGAUCCCUAGCUCGAUUAAUCGGAUUUACAGCCUUUGGAACGGGGGGCAAGUCAGCUAUCCUCUCAGCAUUGCAAGCGGUUGUGUGUUGCCCCUCCAGGGUGUUUGGAAUGCCAUCAUCUUCUUCACCACCAGUUGGUCAGAUGUCCAGGCCGAGGCUAAGACGCUCAAAGCAAGGCUCGGUUAUGGGGGUGUGUGCGAGUACCCUCGGGGCACUCGCCUGGAGAGCAGGUUGGGCAUCUCAUCAGUGGAAACGUAUGACUCAUUCAACGAGUCCCAAUGCCAUGGAACAAAGCGCUGCGGAUGUGGUAAAUGUGUUGGAGAGGUUGUCAGGCUUGAGGAUUGGAAUGGCCGCACCAGUCCAUCGCGCAUCUAA